CUUAAGUCUAGGGUCUCAUUGUUGAUUUAAUAUCAGGACAAAAUGCUUAAGCUUAAGAUAAUAUUUUUAUUUUCAUGGUUUCUAUGUUAUGUGUGUGAUUUUAAUUCCGUUGAUUCUGCAAUAUAUAUGCCAAAUGCAGUCAAAGGCGGAUUAAGCUUCCGGAAUUGUAACAGCACGCCUGUACCCCUCACCUUUGAGCAUGUUGACAUUCAACCCGACCCCGUGCAAAUGGACCUUGGCUACAUCAAUCUCAGUAUGAAUGCAACACUCACGAAGAUGAUUGGUAAUUCGAGCAAGGUUGAUGCCAGUUUGAGCAUACGACUGAAGACAGAGCACGGUGAAACGGAGCUUUGCUAUAUUCUUGGAGAGAAAUGUUACGUUUCUGACGUUUGCCACUGGGUCAAGUCAACGCUCAACGUCCCAACGUGUACUUUUCCACCGUUUCAAGGUAAGUUGUUUCACAAAAGACGACACUUCACAGAUCUUCAUAGUGAAGGGACAAUUUACAAUCAAAGCAAACGUCAGAGAAUUAGGGGAGCCAGUGGCAUGCCUAGAAUGGACCAUGUGCUUGAAUGAUUGCAGUUUACUUUGAACAAACAUGAUGAUCAUCUACGUUGAAAGAGAAGUGGCGUCGGAGAAGUUUGCCUAGUUGCACUUAUAUGUUCACAUAAAUAAGAUUUGUACAACAUUGAUGUAUAAGUUUUGCUUCACCAUACUAAUAAACAGUAUUUGCUGAAACAUUCAAGCAUCGAGUUUACCCUUUUUUAACAAAACUGACUCAUUAUAUUUUUUUUAAAUAAAAGAAAUUGUUACGUUGCGUAAUAAACAAAAAAAACUGUCCGAGCAUGAGAUACUUGGGAGCUGAGUUAAGGGAAUGCUACCUCAGUCGUUUUUGAAUAUCAGAAAAAGAGGUUAUGAUGUUUCUUUGAAUCCGAUUUAAACAAUUGUUUGUUAUGAGAUUAACACGUCAACAAGGUAGCUCAGUUAUGGGCACUUUAAGCUUAUACUCCGGUUCUAGGUGGUUCAAGAUCUACACUGUACACAUUUAUUUACAGGUUUAAUGAUAUUAUAUGAA